AUGACGAAGGAAUGGGAUGGUCGAAGAGAACAAAUUGUCGAACUUUCCAAAGUUCAUGGAAUGACGGUUCGUGAAUUGCAGACACGGAUGUCGAAAUUAUACAAUUUUGAAGCCAGUAUCCGGUCUUACAAGCGCGUUCUCGCCAGAUGGGGAAUUCAUAUACAUCGGCAACGAUUUAUCUUACCGCGAACAGAAGAAGCAGUUGCUCGGACUGCUACAGGAGAUGUUUCAAAAGCACUCGACGAGUUAGUUGCUCAACUGUUUUUUGCAAGACAGAGCGAUAAAGAUUCUCUUGCCCAAAUCGAAGCCAAUUUUGGAUUACGUCUAUCAAAGCGUGCACUUCAUUAUCGUCGGAAAAGACUUUCUUUAAAACGUGCUAUCACCAAAACUCAAGAUUCUUCCAACUUUCACGAUCCUACCUCAUCGUCGCCAACAGCGCUCCAUCUUUCUCAACAACAAUACCCACAUUCUCUUUCAUCGGCUUCCCGGUCCCAAGAGCAGCAAAGCAUCCCGUUACUCGUUCAUUCCUCUCUUCUUUCUACAGGAGCGUCCCCUCCUUCUUCUUCCGUUUCCUCUGCUUCUUCUUCCCACCCAAACUCAGUCCCUAUGCCUGAGACAAGAACUCCUACACAAUCGGUCCUUAAUUCCCGUUCUCCCAUCACCGCUUCGUCUCCAUCCAACACUCAUCCUCAUCCACUACCCAUGAUUCCUUCUUACUCUUCUAAUUUCUCAGUUGCUCCAGAGUCUACAUCCCCUUCUUCUCACGGCGCUUCCAUUCCUUCUCUUCCGUACUUGCAGAAUACGUCUGUUUUUCAUCCUCCUGGCCCUCUUCAUCCUUCUCAACUCGCUUUCCCACACCAUUUACCUACACAACCACCUCCUCCUCCCCAUACUCCCCUUCCGUUUUUGUUCCAUUCAAAAAAACAAGCGGCCCAGUCGCAUAUGAGUUACCCUCCUGAAACUCAAAAUCAUUCUUCUUCGUUCGUUCCUGCUCCGGUCCCUCAAGAGCCGUCUGAAAAUCUUUCGGACCCUGCAAUCGUUACUACAGCUUCCAAUUCUUCCUAUCCUUCUUCUCGCUUGCCACCAUCAAACCAGUUUUACUUAAACCAAGUUCCUGGGUCUUCUUUUCCCGAGCAAACGCAUCUUAAUCAUGAUUCUACUUCAGCAAUGAAUGUCGUGUCGCUUCCUCCCUAUUCUUCAUUCCCUUCCUCGUCUUCUCUCCCUCCUCUUCCCAGUUUGCCGCAACAAACUCAACCCCAUAUUCCUUCUAGUCCCGUUGAAGCGAAUGGAGAGCAUUUGUCAGCGCGUCCUGCCAACCCUUCUGUAGCUUCUGUUUAUGCAAAUUAUAUGGGAGAUCAACAAGAAGACAGAAAAUCGAGCCUUUCUCAAACAUAUAUGCCUAUGUCUGAGGAGGGACAACCGUUGCAGCUAACCCAUCAUGUUCCUCCAACACAUUCUCCCAUGCUGGCAGCAGCUUCUGACCAUAAGGCUUCGAUACCAUCUUCCUUCGUUGGAGGGCAUCACUUUCAAUCACCAAAAUCUCCAAACCUUAGGCAGCCUCAUUUGGAGGUACCGGAACCCUCCAUGCGUGAGCCGUUUUUGGAGCCUAUUGAUAAAGAAGUUAAGCCUUCGGAAGAAUUAUUAAACUCUAUCCAAUAUCAAAUUGGCGAAACACAUCGCGGCUCCAUGUAUUUACCUAUGCUGAACGUACCAAAUGCAGCAGCCCCUCAACAAUCUUUGCCUCCUCCUAAUACUUUUUAUCAGGAAGGUAUGACAAGUCCAAGCCAGCACGCUCAAUAUGCGAUGCCGAUGCAAAAUUAUUCUUCUGUUCAGUAUCAGCCUGCGUUGCCUUCCAAUGAUGCUAUAAAUCCACAAACACACUUUGCUUCUUCUCAACAGUUAAAUAUGCCCGAAGAGAAUUCGGCUCAAUAUGCCAUACCUAAUGCCUAUAUGGGUCGAUUCCCCCAAACGUCUCAUCAUCCGUCUGCUAAUUUACUGGAUGCAAGUGCUUCAUUGAACCCUGUUCAGAAUCCACUUAUUAUGCUUCAUCAUGCUAAUCAAGAUUACAUUGCUAUGGGUAGGCCUGAACACUCUAUUCCAGAGCAAAGCCAUGUUGUUCCCGCUUAUUCUGAUGUCGACUCGCGUUUUGUUUAG